UCUACUUCUAUCGACAAGGCCUAAUAUUGGAGUGAGAUCUACUGUAUAUACACAUAUACAUUUCUGUUACACCUACGAAGCAGCAGAAAGGUACAUUGUAUCUGUGUCCUCUGUGAGAGAAGAUAAUUAUUCAAUGUUUCUAAUCCGUCGAAACUGGUGAAAUUACUUAAUUCUGGGUUUAAAGAUGAAGAAAAUGAACGGACAUUUACAUGUAGGUGAGAUUGGUGGGUGUGGACGUGGAUUGAUAUAUCUAAUUGUAAUCGUUCUUUUUGGCGAAUGUUAUUCAGAGUACCUCGUGCUCGUAACCGAUACUGUUGCAGACUGUAUAUUCAAGUCGGCUAUACAUAAUGGCAGUUCCCGGCUUCAAUUUUCGGCAGUUUUUAAAAAUAGUACACCACCCCUAGUUCAUCCCGCCUCCGUUGAGUAUGACCCUGUAGAAAGGCAUAUUUAUUGGAGUGACCGUAAUUAUGCAGCAAUUUUUCGAUCUUAUCUGGAUGGAACAAGUCAAGAGAUAGUUGUGGAUCCACGGGUAUUUUCCUCUUAUCUGGAUGGAACAAGUCAAGAGAGUGUUGAGGAUUCUUGGGACCUAGAUAGCCUAGAGAAUAUUCGUGCACUCUCGCUAGACACAAUUGAGCGGAAGAUUUACUGGAUAGGGGAAACGUCAGAAAAAGCCAUUUAUUCAUCAAAUUUUGAUGGGUCUGAUACCGUGAUGAUAUUGGGGAAUUUGAAUGACCCCAGAGCUAUUGUGGUCAACUCCCAACACGAUAUUUGCUUCUUCGGCGAUCGUAAACGCAUUGUGCGUUUCAAGUUGUCAAGCGUGUCUGAUCUUGCUGAUUUCCCGGCAAGUGGAUUGGUUACAGCAGUCACCGUUGAUUUCACAGGUGAAGUGGUUUAUUGGUUCGACAAAACUGCAUUAGAGAUACGAGCAUCCAAUUUUGACUUCGUUGAUGUUCGGAGCAUCGUCGAUAUGAAUAUAAACAAUCAUUCACAGGCACGUGGAUUAGCCCUGUAUGAAUCCGGUAUAUACUGGAUAAACGUAAAUUCAGCUGUUUUCCGAGCUGACAAAGACACUGGUUACAAUAUAGAUGCAGUGAGUGACAUGGUAUUUGAAAACCCAUCUGGACUAUUUAUAUACUAUAGCAGUACGUUUUCUUAA